AUGCUAGACCUAAAGGAGAGGGUGGCAACAGCACGACAACUCGCUGCUAAGAGCUCAUCAGCUCCUGUAAAGUGCAUCGGAGGAAGGCCAACUAAUGGAUUAUUUAUAAAAACUAGAACACGAAGAGUAAAUCGCUUGGACUGCGCCUUACAAGAUGCGAGGGUCUCCGCGUUCUGUUCUGUAAAAUCUCUAACGGCAAAAGAUCAGCUUCAGAGUGUCUACGACCGGGUUGCACGCAACAACGCAUUGCCGGAGCUACCAGCUCGAACCCCCACCCUUUCCAUGACACACCUCCAGUCAGCAGAGCAAGCAGUACAAUAUUUCAUUGACAAAAUGCGUCAAACAGCCGAUUCUUUAGAUGAACAAACGAAGGCCGCUAUAACACGAGCCUUAAUCAACGGUGAAGCCGGUAACCAAGUGGAUGGCUUAGUCUGCUGGUAUUCCAUGGGAAAUGAAAUUGGACGCGGCACAUUUGGGCGAGUGCGUGCAGCCACCCAUCGACUUAGCGGCACGUCCGUAGCUAUCAAAAGUUAUAGUUGUUUACAUGGUGCGAGGUCGUGCUUACCAGUUGAAGGCCGGGCUGCAAAAGACUUUGGUGAAGAUGCGCUUGAGUGGCGUCAAGUCCGACAAGAAGUGAGAAUACUAUCGAAGUUACGAGCACAUCCGAACAUCUUGCGGUUCGUCGAGGUCUUUGAAACGUCAACACGAAUACACGUCGUGACUGAGCUCUUGAGGGGAACCAGUUUGUGUGAAGUGCUACAACGAGCUUCAGGCCAACGACUAUCCGAAACGCGAGCGAAACGAGUAUUCCAGCAGCUUGUUGCAGCAGUGGAAGCUCUUCAUUCGCAGUGCGUGAUUCACCGCGAUCUGAAGCUUGAAAAUGUUCUUCUCAAUGAGGAAUCGGGACACGUUACUAUCAUUGACUUCGGGUUCAGUGACUUUGAAGAGCCUGUCGAUCCUCUCUCCCUUGCUUCACUAGACACCGAAAAUCGAAAGAAACAACCGAAGAAGAAGAAAAACUUUUGUGGCACUCCUGUUUACAUGGCACCUGAGGUGGUCACAAGUGAACAUUACGAUGGAAGACCGGUGGACAUAUGGAGUUUGGGUGUCUUGCUGUACUUGAUGCUAUGUGGUAAAUUUCCCUUUCAAGGUGCAAAUUUUCACCAACUUUUUCAGAAACUUCGUAGUGGCGCGCAGCAACUGGUGCUACCACCAACACUCUCUGUUGCAGCUCGUGCUUUGCUUCAGUCGAUAUUAGCCGUAGAUCCGCUAAAACGACCAAUCGCAAGCGAGCUCCGAGGUUGUUUGUGGUUGCAAGACAUCGAAACACUGGAAUUUUCACGAAAAGAGGCGGCAUCGUUUGAAGCGUGGCCCGGGACAAAUGAAAAAGUCUGUGAGGCACUCACUAAAUUGUAUGGUGUGCAGCUGAAUCUUUCAGAUAUAAAUAUUGCUAGAGCUAAGCCACGACGUCCUCGAUUGAGCGCGUUUCUGGAGCUCGCGACUGCAGAAUCAAGACAGCAUUUCCUGGAACUUAUUGCAGAAUCUGCGUCUUCAGAUGAUGUUCAGUCACCACAAAGCGACGAGUCUGACACGGAUUGUGAUGAGUCAAACAGCCACGAAGACGUCGCACCAUCCACACGACACAAACAGCAACUAGAAAAACUCAUUGGGCUAGUCAAGACGUCCCUCGCAACAAGCGAUUAA